GUAUCUCUUCAGUCACUCAACGUGCUUCAUUUAAGUUGGCCGUGAAAAAUGAAAUGCUAGUUUUCACGUCGAUUUUCCUUUCGGUGAAAUAAUUUUCCCGAGGUGUCGAAAAAUCGAUUUCAUCGCUAGUGCCGUGAUCAAAUUAAGAGUGUCGACGUUCAACUGUUGGCGAGUUAAAUCGCGGAUAACUAGAUCGCUUGAAUUAAUUGGGUUUUUGAACUGGUGGCUAAUCAUGGAAGGCGAUGCCUACCAACAGUAUUGUUAUCAAGGGAGUGAUAGUUGGUACAAUUCGGGUGUGACGCCCAUGAAACAGAUCGAGGCUUGCCUUCAAAGCGCCGGCAAAGACCGCAAAGCCUACAGCCCCCUGGCCGAGGCCGAGUCGCUCCUCGAACCCCCAGACCCCGACAACAACAACCGCCACUCAACCCACAACAAAAACCACAGUUUACACCAAUCAAUUUGUCCCUCAUUAUCCAACGCUGGCGCCAUCCUGGAAAUGAAACAUUUGUGGGACGAAUUCCACUCGUUGGGCACCGAAAUGAUCGUCACCAAAGCUGGCCGAAGAAUGUUUCCGACGUUUCAAGUGAAACUGUGCGGCCUGGACUUGCAUGCCGAGUACAUGCUGAUGAUGGACUUUGUUCCGGUCGAUGAUAAGAGGUACAGAUAUGCCUUCCACAGCUCCAGCUGGGUGGUGGCAGGGAAGGCAGACCCCGUGUCGCCCCCCAGGAUACACGUGCACCCAGACAGCCCCGCCACGGGGGCGCAGUGGAUGAAACAAACCGUGUCCUUUGAUAAGCUCAAGCUGACCAAUAACCAACUAGAUGAUAAUGGACAUAUAAUUUUAAAUUCAAUGCAUCGCUACCAACCUCGUUUCCACAUCGUCUACCUCCCUUCAAAAAACACCACCACCGCCACCGAAGAGAACUGUAGUGAAAAUUUCAAGACUUUUGUAUUCCCAGAAACAGCAUUCACGGCUGUCACAGCCUACCAGAACCACAGGAUAACUCAAUUGAAAAUCGCCAGCAAUCCCUUCGCCAAGGGCUUUCGUGACUGCGACCCCGACGAAACAAGCCCAGAACCACAAUCAUCCCAAGUGCAACGUCAACGCCCAACGUCCCGCUCCACUCCCACCACCAAAGAUGGCGAGGAGAUCGCCGCCCCCGAGCCGGAGGCGGCGCCGAUGUACAACCCCCAGAACCGAUACCACCUCCAGUCGAACAUCCUCACGACGAUUGGACAGCCCUACACUGGCAGUGAUUUCAACUACGGCCCUGUGUACCACCCCCACAACCUCCUCCAUAAUUACAACACAGUUUAUAGUAAUGACAAAACAAUGCGAGGACACAAUUUCCCAAGGACGAUGUACUCCAAUUAUUCGGGGUUUUACCCGAACUCGGGGAAUUACAGGAGUCCGGCCCUGCACCAAAACGGCUACGACUUCGGGCCCCGAUAAUUAUUAUUCCGCACUAUUUAUAUCCAAUAAAACUAUUUUAUUUUCUA